AUGUCAUCCAGCAGUCUUGUUCUCACGUUGUUACUUGUAUUGAUUAUUGAAAUAAACGCAGAAAUAAGUGAUGAACUGUCCUGGACAACAUCGAUGGGUAAUGUUCGAAAUACGCGUCGAUUGAUUCCGUCAAUACCCACCGGAUACAACGGCACAACGUGGACAUUAUUUUUUAACUCGUCAACACAAGAUAAGACAGUAUUUGGUAGUGCUGCUGGCACCAACGGUGAUCUGUAUCUAUUCAUUACUGACUCUCCAUACUCCUCCGGUGACUAUAUGCUGUGUCUCACACCAAACGGAGAGAUUCGAUGGAAAAUGCAUCUUGAAUCUGCUUCAUUUAAGAUUAAUGUCGGAGUGUCUAAUAUUGUUUCGGAUCAGAAAAACAAUCUUCUAUAUUACACAUCGUCGUGGGCGGACAGUGGAACAUUCGUUUCGAAAAUAUGUCGAGUUUUUUAUCCUGAUACUCAUCAUCCUGCUCAAGAAUGUCUCGAUACAUAUCGAAUCAGUUCGAAUUACUUAGCACCGCUUGCAUUGAACACCAAAGCAGAUCUUCUCAUCACUACUGUCAUUGAAAAUUCACCAGCCGCUUUCAAUACAACAACGUUUGAAAUGAUCUGGACUGAUGCAGAAGCUAUGGGUUCGGAUGCUUCAGCUGAUUACAAAACAGAUCCACUUACAGGCGAUAUCUAUUGGAUUAGCGGCAGUGAUGAUAUGUACAAGAUGAAUACAAAUGGUACACGUGCGUUUAUCAAUGAUACCAAUUCCGGUGGUAAUCGUCACUUUGCAUUGAAUAGUCAAGAACAAAUCGUAGUGCGAGCAUGGCAAAAUUUAUCCGAUCAUGACUGGCCUCUUGUUGUUUCAGGAUGGAAUGUCGAAAACACUGGAUUGCACGAACGUUGGCAAUGGAAAAAUACUAAUAGUUCUAAUGUGAACACAGACUGUACACCACCUGUGAUGGACAAUCAAAAUAAUGCUGUGUAUUUUGUUAAUUUACCUCAAACAAUUGCUCUCGAUGCAACGACAGGUCUUUCUCGUUGGCAAAUAAGAUUAGUGACGAUGACUGAAAUGAAUGAGUUUGAUCUCGUGACCGAAUGCACAACCUUUAACGAACAUACUCGUGUUCUUUAUGUGUUAGUUCAAUCAACCAAAACAUCGUUCAAACUCUUUCUCAUGGCUGUACACGUUGAUACGGGUAAAAUUCUUCACCGAACUAAUAUUACCACAGUCGAUAGCAAAAUAUCAAUUCCAUUCUGCCCUAUUCUUAUCGGUGAUGAACUGAUAUACAUUUCAUGGUUGACAGGGGACUAUCCUGACCAAGUUCCAUUAACAAUAACCACCAUACCUCAACUGUCGUAG